CAGACUUUAGGCCGCAACAGUAGCAAAAACACGACACGCUCGAAUGGGACACUGCCGCAAGCCUGACACGAGUAAGUGUGUACUCGCAAGGGGGGCAGUUCCCAGUGAAACAGCAAAUCCAGCCCGGCAGACCGGGAGAGCCCCCCAGGCGUGAAUCGCGCGCCGCCGCCAUCCGCCUCUGCGCCACUCGGCAGGCAGCGCAAGGCCCUCGUACGGCUUCCCCGGCCUGGCGCCGAUCGAGACGCCCUUUCCGUCGGGCGCGACGACGCCGAUCCCGAGGCGAGACGCGUCGGGCGGCCGGCCAGGUCCGACCGCGUCUGUGACUUGGCGCGGGGUGCCCCACUGUGGGGUCGCGCCAGCACUGCUGGCGGCGGCUCCUCGCGCUCCUCGUCGAUGGUGUCGCUCCACAAGACGCAGCUCUCGAGCCGGGGCUCGGAGGCGUCGCUGCCCGUCAAGGCCGCCGCGCCCGCCGCCGCGCCCGCCGCCGCACUGGCCGCGUCGACGUCUGCACCCGACACGCCCACCUCGCCAGCGGCUGCUGCGCCCGCCGCGGUGCUCCCUGCUGCCGUGGCGGAGGAGCAGGAGGCGGUCGGCGAGGGGGUGUAGGCAGUCGGUCUGCGUGCAGGUCAAGGUCU